UGCGACUGGACAGCAAAAACGACGUCGUGCCAUGGGUUUUGUGGUAAAAAAACGAUAUUUUGAUGUUUUGUUUCGAAGCCUAUAUUGUCCUUUUCCGUAGACAGUGCAUCGACGUGGUUGGAGAAGAUUUCGCCAACACAUGAUGCAGAGCAGAAUUUCAGAGUACGAAAAAUGCCAGGCAGAUCUAACAUGACACGAACCGCAAAGCGACAUUUUCCUUCGCUGGAGAGUGGAGUGGCAGAGCUGGCUGGAGUCGCUGGAAGCCGGAAUGGGAAAGUCCUGGGUUGGUGGCCUUCAACACGCCAGGGUAACUCGCAACGUAAACGGAAAUCGACCAUGGACCUCCAAAGUCAAAUCCAAUGUGCAAUUUUCUCCUAUGUUUAUCAGCGUGCUUGGACUCCCAUACUAGAUUUAUUCUCAAGGUGGGGCUAUCUUUCCUCCGAAAAUCAUCUUUGUUGCCUUCACUUCCUGUUAUGCUUGCCUCGAUAUACUCUUAGUUUGUCUGCAUCAUCAAAGCCCUCAUCGUUGCCCAUUUGCUCUCGCAAAAUCUGAUUCCCCAAAUACAUUAACGCCUCCCCUCAAUCCCUCCUCCAAGAACUUUUUGUAAGCAUUAACUUCACACAUCCAUAUGUAUAUAUGUAAGGAAGGAAUCAACGUUGAAUUGACCAUGUCUAUUUCUUGAGAUGUGAAUGCUGUUUUCUAUGCCAUUCCUUAUCGUCAUUGCGAAACCAUUCAGUGAAGCAGUAAUGUUCGAUGUCUUUUUUCAUAUAUGGUUGUAUCAUACAAACAAUAUCAUGAAGGGACAUAUAAGACAUGCAUCAAGUGAUGUGAAUGAAGCUUUUCAAUUCAACAU